CCAUCAUUUGAGAAGAAAGAGUCGGUAGAAGCCGCACAACCGCAGCUCCACACCUCUCUUGGCCCAGGAGAACAAAACAAAGAAAGGAACGAUGGCGUAUGCUGCAAUGAAGCCAACCAAGCCUGGUUUGGAAGAUACCCAGGAGCAGAUUCACAAGAUCAGAAUCACCCUUUCCUCCAAAAAUGUGAAGAACCUUGAAAAAGUAUGUGCUGACUUGGUUCGUGGUGCCAAAGAUAAGAAGCUGAGGGUCAAGGGACCAGUGAGAAUGCCCACAAAGGUUCUUCACAUCACCACCAGGAAAUCCCCCUGUGGUGAAGGAACCAAUACAUGGGAUAGAUUUGAGCUCCGUGUCCACAAGCGGGUGAUCGACUUAUUCAGCUCUCCUGAUGUGGUCAAGCAGAUCACCUCAAUUACUAUUGAACCUGGUGUUGAGGUGGAGGUUACUAUUGCUGAUUCUUGAAUGUGGCUCACUUUUCCCCUUUUUGGAUCUUUUGUGAUUCUUAAUUUAGAGAACUUUCAUGUGUCCCUAAACAUAGCCUCCCUAAGGAUGAAUGAAUGUUUAUUUUAGUGUAUUACUGUAGUUCCCUUUUUGCCAUACUAUUUUUGACUUCGGAGUUUUAUGUGAUACAAUAUUCUAUUUCCUUUUCAUGUUCGUGAUCUCAUGUUAUGUAUGUGUUCAUUGAUUGCAUUUGCUUAGCAAUCAGUUCUUACU